AAUACAAACCGCUGUCAAACGCUCAACAACACGGCAAUAUCCUUGCCACAUUGUGUACACAGAAUUUGGUGAAAUUCGUGCUACAUUUCUGCAAUUAUCCCAUCAACCGCAUUGGGCUGCUCAUUGGAUAGUACACCGACAUAUUAAUACCGCACGAUGAAGGAAGUAAACCAGCAAUUUGAUGUGGCCACCAAUUUUGUGGGCAUGCUUGAAAAGGACGAUAACAUGUCGCCCGGCAUUGCGGCCAUAAAGACGCUGCUAAUGGUGCUGGAGAAAACGAAGUUCGAUACGGUGCAGGAGUUUCACUCGACGAUUCAGGCGGCCGUGGGAGCUAUGCGCAAAACGGACAAACCGAUGACGUCGGUCGUCUCAGGGACGGAGCUGUUCUCGCGCUUCAUCACGCUAGCCAAGUUCGACGACAAAACGAUGGACGAAGUGCGGGAAAUCAUGUUGAGCCGCGGCAAGAUGUUCCUAGAGAAGCUGCUGGAAAGUAGGAACGUGAUUGCCAAGCAAGCGAUCACGUUUAUUAGCGAAGGAUGUCGCAUCCUAACACACGCACGAUCACGCACCGUUCGGGAGGCAUUGAUUUUGGCGGCCCAGAACAACAAGCGCUUUCACGUCUUCGUGACACACAGUGCGCCGGAUCAUCACGGUGAACAAAUGGUGUCCGAGCUGGAAAAGGCUGGCAUCGACUGCACCCUGAUUCUGGACACGGCCAUCGGAUACGUGAUGGAAACGGUCGAUAUGGUGCUGGUCGGUGCGGAAGGUGUGGUCGAAAGUGGCGGCAUCAUCAACCGCAUCGGCACGGUAACGAUGGCCAUAUGCGCUCGCGAGAUGAAGAAACCGUUCUACGCGCUAGUGGAAAGCUUCAAAUUCUGCCGACUGUACCCACUCAACCAGCGCGAUCUACCGAACGAAUACAAGUACAACCAGAAAAAUUUAAAAGACACAGCAAAGGUGCACCCGAUGGUCGAUUAUACACCACCAGGGUACAUUACGCUGCUCUUUACCGAUCUCGGCAUACUGGCGCCGUCCGCUGUUAGUGAUGAGUUGAUUAAACUGUAUCUGUAAAUAUUGAUUAUCAAAAGAACAACAGCACAUCUUACAUCGUUAA